CCGAUGCGCGCGGGGAAAUGUGAAACAGCUCCGGAGCGAGGAGGGGGAGGAGAGAACCGAGGGAGACACUGAGGCUCGGGAGACACUGGGACACGGAGAGACACUGAGGCUUGGGAGACACUGGGACACGGAGAGACGAGCAGGAGAGAGACGCGGGGCUGAGCCAUGAAGUUCGCCGAGCACCUGUCCGCGCACAUCACACCCGAGUGGCGCAAACAGUACAUCCAGUAUGAGGCGCUCAAGCAGACGCUUUAUGCCGCCCAUGAUCAGGCGCCAGCACCAGAAGCCACAGAUGAAGCGACGAUCCGUAGGUACUUCGCGAAAGUGGAGGAAAAGUUUUUCCAGACAUGCGAGAAGGAGUUGUCCAAGAUCAACACCUUCUACUCUGAGAAGCUGGCCGAGGCUCAGCGCGGCUUCUCCACACUGCAGGGGGAGCUGCAGUCUUCUCUGGAGGCUCAAAGGGAGGGGCCCCUGGCCCCCACACCGCCCCCACUGCUCCGCCGCCGCAAGAACGUGUUUGUGUCACACGAGGAGCGCGUGCAGCACCGCAACUUGCGCGACCUCAAGCUGGCCUUCAGCGAGUUCUACCUGAGCCUCAUCCUACUGCAGAACUACCAGAACCUGAACUUCACAGGGUUUCGCAAGAUCCUGAAGAAACACGACAAGAUACUGGAGACGAAGCGAGGGGUGAGCUGGCGCGUCGCGCACGUGGAGACAGCACCAUUCUUCAUCAGCAAGAAGAUUGACCAACUCAUCCUGGAGACCGAGAACGUCUUCACCAAUGAGCUGGAAGCUGGAGACCGGCAGAAGGCGAUGAAGCGUUUGCGUGUUCCCCCACUCGGAGCCGCCCAGAACAUCCCCUCGGACGUGAUAUUCCGAGUCGGAGCUUACUUUGGAAUCAUCAUUGUCCUUUUCCCUCUUGCCUCCUUCGCCUUGUCAGCGGCCUAUGUGCUGGGCUCGGUCCAAGACGUGUGGCCCAUGGUGCGCAUCUACCGCGGCGGCUUCCUGCUCAUCCAGUUCCUCUUCCUGCUCGGUAUCAACACGUACGGGUGGCGGCAGGCCGGCGUCAACCACGUGCUCAUCUUCGAGCUGGACCCUCGCAACAACCUCUCCCACCAGCAUCUUUUUGAGGUAGCCGGGUUCCUGGGAGUGCUGUGGUGCCUCUCCCUGCUGGCGUGCGUGUUUGGGUCGUACCUCCCUGUACCCGUGCACGCCUACCCCUUGGCGCUGUACAUCUUCAUCCUUCUCUUUCUGCUUAAUCCCACCAAGACCUGCUACUACAAGUCACGUGUCUGGCUCCUCCGGCUGCUGUUGCGCGUGUUCACAGCCCCAUUCCACAAGGUUGGCUUCGCUGAUUUCUGGUUGGCCGACCAGCUCAACAGCCUCGUGGGCAUCCUCAUGGACCUGGAGUACAUGCUGUGCUUCUACGCCUACGAGCUCGACUGGACCAACCUCAGAGGCCUCUGGUACCCAAAAGAAGGGGACCGCGUGUGCAACUCGUAUGCAUACGGCGUGCGCGCCGUUAUCCAGUGCUUACCGGCGUGGAUCCGAUUCGCCCAGUGCCUGCGCCGCUACCGCGACAGCAAACGAGCGUUCCCACACCUCGUUAAUGCCGGCAAAUAUUCCACUACCUUCUUCGUGGUCAUUUUUGCAGCACUCUACAACCUCGGCAAACUGGGCGGGGAGAGCUCCUCGGCGUUAGAGGUGCGCGUCUACUUCUACUUGUGGGUGGUGGCGUCGCUCGUGAGCACCUGUUACACGCUCACCUGGGACCUUAAGAUGGACUGGGGCCUGUUUGACCGCAACGCCGGAGAGAACUCAUUCCUGCGCGAGGAGAUCGUCUACCCACAGAAGGCCUACUACUACCUGGCCAUCGUGCAGGACGUGCUACUGCGCUUCUCCUGGGUGCUCUACAUCUUCAUCCCGGAGAUGGGCUUCUCCUACAUGGCCGACCUGCUCUCGACACUCAUGGCCCCCAUGGAAGUUUUCAGGCGCUUCGUGUGGAACUUCUUCCGGCUGGAGAACGAGCACCUGAAUAACUGUGGGGAGUUCCGCGCCGUCCGGGACAUCUCAGUGGCACCGCUCAAUGCCGACGACCAGACGCUGCUGGAAGCCAUGAUGGACUCUGAGGAUGGAGUCCGCAACCGGCGCGGCAAGCGCAGCAACGGCAAACGCAACUACAGCUUCUCGCUGCGCCGCAACCGGGUGAAGAACAAGGACACGAAGGUUCUCAUCGACGACACGGACGACGAGACGCUCAACACGUAAGCGCCGUCGCCCCAGGCGACACUGGCAGCCCCCGAGUAUGGCUCCCCACUGACUGUUUUGAGUUUUUUUUUUCAUUUCAUGAGUGACUGUGGACAUUUUUUAUUUCGCAAAAACUUUUUGAGAAUAAUUAAUAUCACCCACGAAGAGUUCAUCUCAGCGGGCAAGAGGUCACCGAGGAGGGCCGUGCUGCCAGGUGCCAGCUCCAGUGCAGAAGCUGCUACUGUCCACCACCCUCCCACUGCUCGCACUCAUCACUCUCCCUUCUCUACACUCACACUUUUUCCUUCUCAUGUUCCUUCCCACUCGCCAUCGCUUUCGCACAUUAGUGGGCAGCGCUAAUCUUCUUUCCGACGUGUUCUCCCCCCACCUCGCCCACGAGCCCCCACCCCCUCCUCGGGAGUUGGCAGCAGGAGCCUGCACUCACGCACGGAAACGUGCCUCCUCUCACUGGGCAUUGAAUUCAACAUUACUCACGUUUUUUCCAAAUUCUAUCCUGUAUGCGAAUUUACGCGACUGCGCUUUCUCUCGAGUGCCGUAGCUUUUUGAAAAUUUUAUAAUAAAAAAAAUUGCCGCACAUGAGCAGUUAUAACCAGAUUCUGUGACAGUAAGUCGUGACUGGAAUCUCAAAUCUCGAGCUUGCAGCUUACGGACGAUUGUCUCGGUUUCCUUGGUUAUACCUAGACGCCCCGUCGAUGGCAAAGCUGAGCUGCCCCCCGUCUCACUCUGCCAAUGACGCACUCAGGGCUCAAAGGUGCCGGCGGGCUUUCCAGUGACGCGUGGGGCCCGAGCCCUCUCGACGGGAGUAGUGGGCUCUGCUGUUGGUGGCAGCGUGCAGAGACGCGGUGCCACAGAGACUAGUCCGCCCCUUGGUGGUCACGGGGUGGAAAUGUAAUGAGGGCUCCUGUGAGGGUUGCCACCUGUCCGGGUUUGAGCCGAACAGUCGGAAUUUGGUAUCUGCGUGCGGGUGGCAGGAAUUGAUUUAGUACCGGCAUCGUGUUGAACUUUAUUACAGUUUACUGCAGUUUUGAUAAACCUAUGCGGACUGAGAAAUAUGUCCGGAUGUGGUCUCUGGAAAAGGUGGUGACUACUCCUGGGCCUCCAAGGCAUUGGAGCUCAGGUCACACGUGACCUUUUCAUUUCAUUCGUAUUUUUUAUGCAUCGUUUGUCUGGAUUUUUGGAGCAGGCUGUGACCAGUUUUUGGCAAAUUGGCCAGAGACUUUAAUCACAGGGGCAGUUGUGCUCCACAAAUGGUGCAAGCAUCUUUUUACCAUUUAGUGAAUGUGAGGUUAUGUGUCGCUCUGUAUGUUACACGAUGAGAGGUGGCCCCACACCAGGACCAUGGUCGCCAGGUUCGUGGAGAUCCUCAAUUCUCGCGUUGUGGAGCCCUGUGCCACCCUAGCGACCUGUAUUUCCUCUCGCAGCAGUAUGUUGAACUUCUUUCGCACCGUACAUAGCAAACUGCUAAUCGUUAGAGUAGCAGUCUCGCAUCCAUGCAAACCCCAAGCCGUAAGCUAUGCAUCUGUGCUCUUAUAAAAUUCAGUAUAGUGCUGUCGACCUCUUUUAAACGUAGGUUCAAGUCUGGAUGAACCCAAGUAGCUAUGGAUGUACCGCUAGAUUUCAUAUCGAGGUGUCAACUGCUGUCCCAUGCCCACUGGUGGUGCUGUUUGACCCAGUGUCUCCAGGUACCCCUGUAUUCCCAUAAUCUCUGGGUGGCCAUGGACAGUGGAGGCUUUGAGCUUAUAGGGCUUGGGGCCCCAUUUGAACCCGCAUCAGUGGGUUUGAGGCAGUUUUAUUGCAGAAGAGGCUUGUGUAGCACUUGUUAAAUAACAACCGUUCGGUGUUACUUUUAACGCCAUAAAUAGCAUUGACUCCUUCCUGGGAUUUUUUCAAACGUAACCAAAAUCUUAUGUCGAUCAGGUUUGGUUUCAGGGCAGAGAGAAUCUUACAAUUGCACGCUGCAUUAGUGCCCUUAGCCAGCCUUAAUGGACACAGGCGAUUGCAGAGACGUCGCACAGCGUGCAGGAGGAAGAUGAUCCCCCCCCCAAGCGGCUGUAGCUGGAAGGCAGAGCUGGUGUUGGUGUCUGUGCUGUUGUAAACUUGCUUGUGUAGGUAGGUGGGGUUUCUCUGGGCUCUCCUAGUGGAUUGCGAUUGGCUGUGCAGUUAUGUCCCGUGCGCUGUCCUGUGGUAGUUGUCGUUUGUGAUUUUCAAAACGGAUUCUUGUAAGAAACGCAAUGGCGGUCCUCCCCUUCCAGCCCAACCCCCUGCAUGCUGCGUCAUUGCUCUGCCCUUCUCAUGGGCAGGGUACUUGUGGAUGGUGUCGUGUUCGUUGUUUGAAGUUGCAGGUAAAACAAAACAGAGGCAGUUUUUGCCUUCAAUCAAACUUUAUUUACUGUUGUAUGUCUUAAUUUAUUUACAAAAUGUUUUAAUAAUGCAAAUUAGUAGUUGUGAAAAUAAAUUAGUGUAUAAAAUUC